UUUACAGAGCUCUCUCAUCUUCCUGGAACCUUGCAUAGCUAUAGCAACUCCAAGCUGCAAAAUCAUAGUGUUGGUGCCCACCUUUUAAUUUAUAAUAACUUGCUGUCUUUUUCAUCCUUUGUUACUGUUUUUAAUUAGUAACAUGGAUACAAAAGUAAUUUCCUCUGGCGUCCAUUACACGAACUUGCCGGCUAGCUAUGUUAGGCCGGAAUCUGAGCGUCCCAGGCUGUCGGAAGUUUCAACGUGCGAAGAUGUUCCGGUUAUAGAUUUAGGUUGUCAGGAUAGGAACCAAAUUGUCCAACAAGUUGGUGAUGCCUGCGAGCACUAUGGCUUUUUCCAGGUGAUCAAUCAUGGAGUGUCCUUGGAAGCGGUGGAGAAAAUGUUAGGAGUGGCCCAUGAUUUCUUCAGCUUGCCGGUUGAGGAGAAGCUGAAGCUGUACUCAGAUGACCCAUCAAAGACAAUGAGACUUUCUACAAGUUUUAAUGUGAAUAAGGAAAAGGUCCACAACUGGAGGGAUUAUCUUAGACUCCAUUGCUACCCUCUUGACAAAUAUGUGCCUGAGUGGCCUUCUAAUCCUCCUCCUUUCAAGGAAAUUGUAAGGAGUUACAGUAUACAAGUUCGAGAACUGGGGUUUAGAAUACAGGAACUGAUAUCAGAGAGCUUAGGCCUCGAAAAGGAUCACAUAAAAAAUGUUUUGGGUGAACAAGGACAGCAUAUGGCUGUAAACUUUUACCCUCCAUGUCCAGAGCCAGAGUUGACUUAUGGAUUGCCAGCACAUACAGACCCCAAUGCCCUAACAAUUUUACUUCAAGACCUAUCAGUGGCAGGCCUUCAAGUCCUCCUCAAAGAUGGAAAGUGGGUUGCCGUUAAUCCUCAUCCGGAUGCAUUUGUCAUCAACAUUGGUGACCAGUUACAGGCACUAAGCAAUGGAAGAUAUAAGAGUGUGUGGCACCGAGCCAUUACCAAUACUGACAAGGCAAGAAUGUCAGUUGCUUCCUUCCUCUGUCCGUUUGAUAACGCAUUGAUCACCCCACCUAAAGCUCUCACCGAUGAUGGAACCGGAGCCAUAUACAGGGAUUUCACGUAUGCUGAAUAUUACAAGAAGUUUUGGAGCAGGAACUUGGAUCAAGAACAUUGUUUGGAACUUUUCAAGAACUAAUUAAUAGCAGUACAUUUAUUAAUAAGUGGUGCCCAUAUAUCACCUUACUAUUGUUGCAAUUUGCUAAUAAAUCCAGGUCGUGGAGGAGGCAGUUAUUGUUGUUUUUUUUUUCUGAAAUCCUGGACUGACACAUCGCCCAAAUCAGCCUUAAAUUCUUGUUCAGUUUGUGAAAUGAUGGCAGCAGCAGGCUAGUUUCUAGCAUACGCAGUGUUUUGUUCCAAGCAUCAGGGUGUUGCUGCGAGUUAUAGGGAAGAUUAUUUGUUGCUGUCUCAGAUGAUGUUAAUUAGACAUUCGAAUUUGUUCCAGUCAGUGUUCAAUUGUUGGUCCAUGCUACCUCCUGUUGAUUUUGAACUUUGAUUCAUGUACUAUUAAUAGAUGUUCAUUGGUAAUCGUUGUUGUAAUCAGACAGAGACUUAUGCAAUUUAUUUUAUGCUUCCAUUGCUUAGAA